AUGCUGAAUGAAAUGCAGCCAGCUCUGCUCUUUUCCUUGUCAGUGGUUGUGGUCAAUGUUGAAGUAGCCACAGAAGUUUCUGAGGUGGAGGUCUGUCCUGCAGACGUCAUACUAGUGGAAUCUGUUGCAAACUUUUUAGGAUUCGAAGGGGCCGCUGUACUCGUUGUCGUACUAAUGGAAGCUAUUGCAGCAUUUUUAGAAUCCGAACGAACGGCUGGAUUCGUCGUACGGCUAGGAGAUCUUAUUGCAUUUUUUAUAGAAUUCGAAGGACCAGUCGUAUCCUUUGGAGACGAAUUCGCUUUCGGAUUUGGCAUAGCUGAAGAGAUUGUUGGUUGA